ACUCCUUCGAAAAAAUCCAGGAAAACAAAAAAAAGGAGAAAAGAAAAUGGAUUCACGGCGACGGCACUCGCUGCCACUAUUGUCGCUGCUGAUCAACUUCGUUCUUCUGAAUCCAACCUACGGAAUUGGAGAAUUCGGCUAUGAAGUCAUCCGAGUCAAUUACAAGUUCGACGGCUCCGGACCCACCCUCAGUGCGCUUAGGGCCCACGACGCCGUCCGCCACCUGUCCAUCUUCGCCGGAGUCGAUCUUCCGCUCGGUGGCACCGGCCGCCCCGACGCCGUUGGGCUUUACUAUGCGAAAAUAGGGAUUGGAACACCUUCAAAAGAUUACUAUGUACAAGUUGACACAGGAAGUGACAUCACAUGGGUCAACUGCAUUCAGUGCCGCCAGUGCCCCAAAAAGGGCUAUCAUGGUAUAGAACUUACCCUCUACAAUCCGAAAGAUUCUCUUACGGCAAAUCUAGUAUCAUGUAAUCAACCCUUUUGUAAGGCGAUUGGUGGAGGCUUAUCAGGAUGUGGUGCUAAUGCGUCAUGUUUUUACACUGAGGUUUAUGGCGAUGGGAGCUAUAGCAUGGGUUACUUCGUUGAGGAUGUCGUCCAAUAUGAUCGAGUCUCUGGUGAUUUACAAACCAAAUCAGCUAAUGGGACUGUUAUUUUUGGAUGUGGCGCAGGACAAUCGGGUGAUCUGGGAUCACCAGAUGAUGCUCUCGAUGGAAUACUGGGCUUUGGAAAAUCGAAUUCAUCAAUGCUUUCUCAGCUGGCUUCAUCUGGAAAAGUUAAAAAAAUGUUUGCUCACUGCUUAGAUGGCGACAAUGGUGGAGGAAUCUUUGCUAUUGGACAUGUUGUUCAACCACAAGUCAACACAACACCGUUGGUGCGUGACCAGCCUCACUACAAUGUCAAUAUGACUGCAAUCCAAGUAGGUUCCGAUUAUCUGAAUCUAACUACUGAUGUCUUGUUUGGAGAUAAGAAAGGAGCAAUUAUCGAUAGUGGUACUACACUGGCAUAUCUGCCAGAGGCGAUUUAUGUUCCGCUAGUAAAAAAGAUACUCUCCACACAGCCGGAUUUGAAAUUGCAAACCCUUCAUGACCAGUAUACUUGCUUUGAAUUUUCAGAAAGUAGGGUGGAUGAAGGAUUCCCGAACAUCACUCUUCACUUUGAAAAUUCACUUUCUCUGAUGGUUUAUCCCCAUGAUUAUCUGUUCCACUUUGAAGAUUUGAUGUGUAUUGGUUGGCAAAACAGUGGCAUGGGUUCCCAGGAUAAAAAGAACAUUACUGUUCUAGGAGAUUUGGUUCUGUCGAACAAGUUGGUCCUGUACGACCUUGAAAAGCAAUCCAUUGGUUGGACUGAAUAUAACUGUUCGUCGAGCAUUCAACUUAAGGAUGAAAUCACCGGUUCAGUACAUCUAGUCGGAGCCCACUCACUAUCGCGCGGCUGCAUCACAACUUCAAGAACUGCUGCAUUCUUCUCGUUGGUAGCUCUUCUGUUCAUCCUAUUUCUGCAGUCGAUGUUGUGAUAUUCUUGGUCGCAAUCUGAAUAGAUAGAUCAAUAGAUAGAUAGAUGGAUAGGUAGAUCUCAGAAAUCAGAAUCAGUGGAAAUGAAUACACAGAGAUACAGAUGAUUCAUCAUCAUCAUCAUCCUCAUCCUCUUAAAUGACCACAAAGACAAAAAAGAUUGUGUAUAAUUUUCACUAAUUAGUUGGUUUCAAAUGUCAUCUUAAUAUUUGAUUUCCAAAUUUUGUAGACAGUCACUACUCAAAGAGAGAUGUAAAUAGUAAUUUGUAUAGAUCACUUUUGGAUU